AAAUAUUAUGGCGAAAUCUCAGGUGUUACCGACAGUCCUCUGUGCAGGGCCUGCAUGGAGGUCGAUGAAACACCGACGCACGUGCUCCUGGAGUGUGCAAGCCUGGCAGAACAUCGAGGACGCCAUCUGGGAUCCCCAACCUCACUUCAUGAAGCCCUCGGCAACCUGGGCGGUCUACUUGGCUUCUGGAGCGAGCUUGGAUGGCUGGAGUGAAGACUUCGGCGGGGAGGGGCAACGCACGCACAACAGACGGAAACGUUUAAGUGCGGAAACCAGCCCAGAGAGAAGAAGAAGAAGAUGCCUACGAAUUAUAGAGGAGUUGGCGAUAGUUAUUUAAAAAAGAGUUAUUGUGAUAAAUCCGACUUGCUAUACUUAUGCAAUGCGAAA